AUUUUUCUUUGAAAGAGCAAACUAUCUCUGCUAUCACUCUUGUCUUCGGACGUUAAAACUGACAAGCCGCAGCUUGUAGAUGUUCCUCACUGGAGUUGAAUCAUCGAGAACAAGGAGAUCCAAUUUAAAGUGGUGUGGACCCCACACGAUGCACGUGUUCCUGGGGUUGUCUUGUCAUGGCUGAAAACGACGUAGACAGAACCCAGACCGACAGACUCCUAAAAAGAGUACAAGAACUGGAGCAGGAGGUACAAAGACUUAGAAAAGAACGGGCCAACACCAAGGACUCGAAUAUAAGAGAAAGCUCUUCGGGAGCCGGGAAGGCUAAGCGUGAGUUUGAUUUCAGCGCUCAUGGGCGGAGGCAUGUAGCCCUGAAGAUAGCCUAUCUGGGCUGGGGAUACCAGGGCUUUGCCAGCCAGGAAAACACAAACAAUACAAUUGAGGAGAAACUGUUUGAGGCUCUGACCAAGACUCGACUAGUGGAAAGCAGACAGACAUCCAACUAUCACCGGUGUGGACGAACAGACAAAGGGGUUAGCGCCUUCGGUCAGGUGAUUUCUCUUGACCUUCGGUCUCACUUCCCAAAGGACAGGGGUUCAGAGGAUUUUAACGUAACAGACGGAGUCAGCGAUGCCGCUAAAGAGAUCCGUUAUACUCACAUCCUCAAUCGCGUGCUGCCUCCAGACAUCCGAGUGCUGGCCUGGGCCCCCGUGGAACCUGGCUUCAGUGCUAGGUUCAGCUGUCUGGAGCGGACAUACCGCUACUUUUUCCCUCGCGCAGAUUUAGACAUUGUGACCAUGAACUGUGCGGCUCACAAGUAUGUUGGCACACACGACUUUAGGAACCUGUGUAAAAUGGAUGUAGCUAACGGAGUGAUUAAUUUUCAGAGGACUAUUCUGUCUGCUGAAGUGAAGCUCGUGGGCCAGAGCCUGGCUGAGGACGGACGGCAAGAACCUUUCCAGUUAUGUCAGUUUGAAGUGACUGGCCAGGCAUUCCUUUACCAUCAAGUCCGCUGUAUGAUGGCGGUCCUUUUUCUAAUUGGCCAAGGAAUGGAGAAGCCAGAGAUUAUCGAUGAGCUGCUAAACGUAGAGAAAAAUCCCCAGAAACCUCAAUACAGUAUGGCUGUAGAAUUUCCUCUGGUCUUGUACGACUGUAAGUUUGAAAAUAUCAAGUGGAUCUACGACCGGGAGGUUCAGGAGUUCAAUGUCACCCAUCUGCAGCAACAGUGGGCAAAUCAAGCUGUGAAGACUCACCUGCUGUACAGUAUGCUGCAAGGCCUCGACUCCGUUGCAGUGCCCUGUGGGACAGGAACAGAGGCGGAAGGAGUGAUAGAAUGGAGAAGUGUUAAGCCCCCCGUCAUAAAGCACACCAGUGCCUUUGUAGAAGGGGUGAGAAUGCGCACAUACAAGCCCCUAAUGGACCGUCCCAAAUGCCAAGGUCUGGAGUCCCGGAUUCAGCAUUGUGUACGUAGGGGACGCAUCGAGUACCCGCGCUUAUUCAACGAGACAGAAACAAAAGCCAAAAGGGAAUGUAACAACACACUAGAAGAAGAAAAUACUGCUUUAGAGAAACCAACAAAGAGAGUCUGUGUUGAUGCGGAAAUUAAAAGCAUCAUUUAACCACAGGAAAUUCACCAGGAUCUAGGAGGCAACAACUAGCUAACGAUAGGUGCGUAGGAAGGAAAUACAGUAUUUACUGCAGUGAGUCCUAGAAUUCAAAUGAUCAGCUCUUAAAAAAAAAAAAAAAAAUGGGAAACGGAAAAGAUCACAGGCCCCACUUCAGGAAGUUCUUGCCUGAAAAGCAGAUCAUUCUCUCGUUCCUGUCCAAAAGGAUUCGGAGACCGAAGAAGCAAGUGUGAAAUGGAGAUUGUUUACACACACCGGAAACCUGGGCCCCGUGUGCAGUGUGUUAAAGCGCGCCUGCAAGUGUCUA